CGCUACAAGCAAUGUUCUCGCUGCAGCCGCUACCACGUUAUUACGAGCAUCAAUUAUAUACACAACGCACGGCGACGCCGCCGUAUGCAUCUCGCUCACGUCUUCACCACAUUGGCUUUCCUAACCCCACCCUACCUACCCCGUCGUUUCCAUCAUCCCCUCCUGCUUCCUCGCCGCCUUUCGCAUCGGCCUUCGUUGCCCACUCCUCGCCGUUCGUCAUCUCGUCCGCAACGCUGCACCACACGCCGCGCGCAUCGCCGUCUGCCGGAUCUUCGAUCUCUGAUGAUUUUGGUCUCUGAUCUUUGAUCAGUUCUUUAUUACCACCCGAAGCUUCUUUUCUUUCUUUGGGAACUCGCCACCUUCCAGCUCCUUUCAGCUCUUUCUGCUCCUUUCUCUUCUUUUUUUUUCGCACAUAGCGCAAGUCCACUUCACUUGCAGAUCCGCACUUCACAAGUGAAAGUGAACCAUAUAAAAAAACCCACGACCUAAAUUUCCAUUUUUCUCACCAAGGGGGCCUACGACGCCUUUUCCCACCUUCAUUCUCUCGCAUCUACAUACUCCCCGGAUUCACUCGCCCCGGAGCAACGGUAACUCAAAUUCCCGUUACGUGAAUCUUUAAAUUGUCGAGAGGAACUGGCGUACGGUUAUAGAGGGUAUUGCUUCUAGCUUUUCGCGUCGACGUCGAGGUUUUAAUUCAGCACUCUGCAUCGCUUUGCAUUUUCUAGUACUCUUCUAUAUAUAGUUGAUACCAGCAUUCUAGGUAUACUAGUAUAUACAGGCUAUAAUCAUGUCUUCAAGUCCCAACAACCGUGCAAUUAGGAGAAAGCUCGUCAUCGUUGGGGACGGCGCAGCAGGAAAGACCUCGUUGCUCAACGUGUUUGCAGUCGGUCACUUCUCAGAGAGCUAUGAACCAACAGUGUUUGACAACUAUGUGACGGAGAUUGAACUCGACGGAAAGCCUGUUCAACUGGCUUUGUGGGACACUGCCGGUCAAGAAGAGUAUGAAAGACUACGACCCCUUUCUUAUUCCAAAGCGCACGUAAUUCUCAUCGCCUUUGCGGUAGAUACACCUGACUCACUGGAGAAUGUCACCCAAAAAUGGAUAGAGGAAGUUAGGUCUAUCUGUGGCAAAGCUAUCCCUGUCAUUCUUGUGGCAUGCAAGGCCGAUCUCCGUGACAAGGCUGUUGCGAAUGGCACUUACUCUCCCGAACGAUUCACAGAUCAUGCUACUGGCCAAAGAAUAGCAGACUCCAUCGGCGCAAAGGGAUACUUUGAAACUUCAGCUUUGCAAAACCGAAAUGUCGAUGCCGUAUUUGAAGCUGCUACGCGAGCAGCAGUCUUAGUCAGGGAUGCGGGGCAUGGCGGGGUGGGUGCCCCGAAUGGGAGCUUUGAUGCGGGAGGACGGAAAGAUUGGGGGAGGGAGAAGGAGGAGAAAAAAUUUGGGUGUUGUGUCAUUGCUUAAAGGCAUCAUCUAAGCAUCAUGGCUUUCAGUGCGUUUCGUGCGUCACUGAAGGCGAGACAAGACGCAGGACAGUCGGUGUCCAUGGACACAAUAAGAGAAGGAAGAGGGGAAAAAAAUGAUCAAACCAAGUUCCGUUCUACGAUUCCUUUCUGCUCUCAAAAGAUCAUUCCAUCAAACUGUAUUCCCAAAACAUUAAUCAUUCAUUUAUAAUAAUACACCAAGUUUCCUUUAUCCACCUACCACCACCUAUCACCUUCAACCUUCCAUGAGUCAACGAUCGAAAAAUAUAUUCCCUGCAUCACAAAGUACUUCAACGUACACCUCCAUAUAUUCAUCUUCCCUCCCUCCUCCCCCCCCCCCCCCAACCGGUCUGCGCUUAGUACAAGACAAAAGGAAGGCUAUGCUUCUCACACAAAGAACGAUUGCAGAGUAACACGACAUGUGAAAGCAUAGGGAGGAAAGUUUAGGACUUGCCUUUUCCCCGUUGCAUUAUGAGUUCCCGAAAGUCUCUCUUCAUAAUAGAUGGUAUGAUACGUAUAUGGCAUGAACG